AUGAAGCGCUCGCGGGACGACGGCGGCGGCGAGCGCGCCGAGAAGCGGCGGCAGCUGGAGGGGCUGCUGGCCCAAAUCCGGGAGCAGGAGUCCGCCAUCGCGCGGCUGAAGCGUGACCGCGGCUGGCUGACCGAGGGCGAAGCCACGCCCGAGAGCGUGGUCCGGACCUGGCAGCGGAUCCACGCCCAGCUGACAGCGGGAUGCCCCAAGGACGCCCCUGCUGGUUCCCCGCCGUCGCAGCCGCAGCGGCGCUCGGACGAGCAGGAGCUGCGCAUCCUGUGGAAGAAGUGCGAGACGAUCCUGAACAACAUCAAGCGCCACAGGCUGGCCGGGCCCUUCCUGCGCCCCGUGGACCCGAUUAGGUCGGGUGUGCCCGACUACUACGAAGUCAUCAAGAACCCGAUGGACUUGGGGACGGUGGGCAAGCGCCUGGAGAUGCGGGGCGGCGGGCGGCGAGGGGCCGAGCGCGGCUACGCCUCGCCGCUGGAGUUCAGGGACGACAUGCGCCUCGUGUGGGCCAACUGCCGCGAGUACAACCCACCCGGGGACGACUGCCGCAAACUAGGCGACCAGCUGUCGCAGCUGUGGGAGGCGCGCUGGGCCGCCUCCGGGAUCGAGGGCCGCCUAAAGGACGCCGCGGGCAAGCUGCAGGGCCAGCAGCCUAGCGAGCCGCGCCAGGGCGCUCUUGGGCCGCCCUCAGGCCCAGACUCGUCCACCGAGAACCAGGCUCCCGGCAAGAAGAGGGCGAAGGCGGUGCCUGCCCCUGGUUCGCAGCAGAAGGUCCUGGAAAAGGCGGGUGACCAGUGUACAGGAGAAAAAUCCACCAACCCCACAAAGCCAAGGCCGAAAUCGGCCACCGGUGCCAAGAAAUACAGCCUGCAGAAUGGCCUGCAGAAUGGCUUGCAGAAUGCGUCCAAAGCUGCUGCUGGGGGAGGGAAACUCCAGGAAACCCAGCGACCGGCCAUGAAGGCCAUGCAGCAUCCUGCUGCUGCUGUGGCACAGCGCAAGGGAGCGGAUACUCCUGUCCCGCAGGCUGCCUCAGGUGCAGGCCGGACUGCCACCCUGCAAGAGUUUGUGUCGCUGGACAAGGAGCUCCAAAAGAUAAGGGCUGAGCUGGCAAAGGGCCGCAUUGAGGACAAAGGGGGUUUCGGACAGCUCAGGAAGCUGUCUGCUGAUAUUGGCUGCUUUGGAGAGUCGGCCCUGACACAAAUCUGGGACACCAUCGCCAAGGACGCUGCUGCUGGUGCUGCAAGCCCGGACAAGGACGUCACCCUUGAUAUGCUGUCGCCCAAGACUGUGGAGAAACUGGCCAGCGUCCUGCGCAAUUCAGGUCAAGGUGGGCGACCAAGAACUGCAACGGCUCCGGGCACAAACACCACAUCAAGACUGCAGAAAACGAUCAUGGCAGCUGGAGCCCACUGUGCUGCCACUGCUUCUGGAUCUGGGCCUUCUGCCAAAACUGCAGCUGUCGGUACUGACACCAAGCAGCGUGCACCCUGCAAGGGUGGCACAACGAGGGCCAUUGACAGCACCCCAGGAUCCAGGAAGAUGCCUAUCGGUGGCAACAGGGCUGCAGAGGCGCAGCGGCAGCAGGCCCAGCGUAUUCAGGAAAUCAGGGAGAAGGAGAGGGAGGAGAGGGAAAAGGUCGAGGAACAGAAGAAACAGGACGCCGCCCGCCGAUUGCAGGCGUACAACGAGCGCGAGAAGCAGGCGCGUAUUGCCAAUGAGGAAAGGCGCAAAGCGGAGGAGAAGCUGAGGGAAGAGGAGAGGCUGAGGGCAGAAGAGCGAAAGAGGAAGGAGAUCGAAGAGAUCAAGAAUUACCCGCGAACAGUCGACUUCUGCCUGAACGAAAAGACUUGGCGGAAAUUCGAGGAGUGGGGCUGCAAGCCUGGGGUUUCGCUGCAGAAAUUCGGGUUCAAGCUUAAGCAUAGGGAGACAGGUUGGGUAGAAGACGAGGAGGAGGAGAAGGAAGAGGGCGAGAUAUGA